AUGAUAAUAUUAAUUGUUGAUGUGAAUAUUGCAGUUCGUUGCGGGCAUUUUGUAGCUCUCGGUGCCGUCACAGACAAAUUGUUGAGGACACGGUCAGGGAAAGAGUGUGUACCAGUCGACCACAGAAACCGUGGCUUGGCAGAGGAAGAUGAACAAUGUGAUCAAUCAAUGAGGAGUCUUCAACAAUGA